AUGCUCGUUGGCAAAAGGCCGUAUCAUAUACUUGACUACUUGGAAAGAGGGAGGAAUAUUUUGUACAUCGACACGGACACUAUAUGGCUGCAAGAACCAUUCCAGUACUUCACGGGCGCCUACGACCUCUGGGUUCAGCUUGAGCGGGACACUUACUACUGUACGGGGUUUAUGGCGGUGAGGACCGGGGCCAAUACGGUUGAGCUGAUCCGAGCCUGGAGAGACAAGAUGGUCAAUCUCGGCAACAAAAAGAACGACCAGGCAGGCUUUCAAAGCAUAGUCAGUAACUACAGUAGUAAGGUUAAAAUAAUGGGAUUAGAUUCGAAGAAAUUUCCAGAUGGGUCACAGUAUUUUGUGACGUUCAAUGAUACACAGCGAGAACACGCCGUUGUGGUCCACAACAAUUGGAUUAUUGGCCAUGGUAAAAAACUGGAACGAUUCAAACGCAUGAAACUGUGGUAUGAAGACAAACAUGACGGAACUGACUUGUACAAUUAG